UGCGUCAGUGCGUCCUGCCGUGACGAUGCUUGAAGUGUUGCACUACAUUUGUGAGAACAUAAACGCAUAUUUGCAGUGAAUAACGGAACAUAACCUAAGAGAGAAACUAAAAAGCUGUGAAUUGUGAAACGAUUGUGUAUAACUUCUUUGUGGGUGAACAAAAGAGUUUUCCAAGUGUUUUGUGACUCAUUUUAUGAUGAACGAAGUAGAACAAUUUUUGGAAAAGAUCGAGUUGAAACUAUAUUGGCCCACGUUUAAGCAGAACGCAAUAACUACACUUGAUAGGUUAUUUCUUAUUACUCCUGACUUUGCUAAAGAGUUGAUCCAACCCAUUGGUGACCGGAUUGUGCUUUUAAAAAACAUAAGUGCACAGAAUAAAAUAAUAGAGUGUACCGAACUUGGUACCGAACAAUUUAAAUUAGCAGAGAAUUUGGAACAGAUUUUACAAGAUCAUAUAAAGGGUGAUGCAAUAUUAUUUUAUUCUAAACAGAAUGGCUUCUUAAAUGCAGAGGCAAGAGGAAUUCUCUUAGAUAUUGUAGCAAAUUAUAUGCUUAAAAUAAACAAAAAGCCCUCAUCUUACGAAAUUGGUUUAAUUAGCAAAAAAAUCUGUGAGCUGUUUCCCUCUGAGACUGAAGAUACUUAUUACUAUCUGCCAUAUACAAAUGGCCCAAAUCAAAAAAAUUCUGCUGGAAAACUCAUAGAUAAGAUCCGAAAUACCAAAUCGUUACUGAAAAAAUUGUGUUGCAUAUCCCUUCAGGCAAAGCGAUACCGAUUCUAAAGAAACUGAAGGUCAAUCUUCCGUCGAAGAAAAUGAUGAAACUGUUGAAAUAGCAGUCCGAUGGUUAAAGAUCAGUCGUGAACCUUGGCCAGAUAUUUUGAAAAAUUGGGAGAUUACAUAUGAUUUCAGGCAAAGAAUGCUUGUAGAUGAAAAAACUGAUAAAGGUGAUCCUUUGCCAGUAAGUGAUUAUUAUGAAGAAUGGGAAAUUUUAUCACUUCCUCAGGGCUAU